AUCCAAGGACGCCCUCCUGCUGUGGUGUCAGAGGAAGACGAGCGGCUACCACGGCGUGAACAUCCACAACUUCACCGACUCGUGGCGCUCGGGGCUCGGGUUCAAUGCCCUCAUACACGCGCACAGGCCGGACCUGUUCCGCUGGUCGGAGGUUCCCGUCACGGAACACGUGGAGACACUGAACCACGCGUUCGAUGUCGCCCACAGACACCUGGGCAUACCCCGCCUUCUCGACGCUGAAGACGUGGACACCAGCCGGCCUGAUGAGAAGUCGGUGAUGACGUACGUGGCGAGCUACUACCACACCUUCGCGAGGAUGAAGAAUGAACAGAAGAGCGGACGCAGGAUUGCCAAUAUAAUCGGCCAACUGAUGGACUGCGACGGCCGCAAGGAGGAAUACAGCAGGCUGAUCUGCGCACUGCUGGAGUGGAUCAGAAUGAAGAUCCAGGAGUUGAACGGGCGUGAUCUCCCUAACUCGCUGGACGGCAUCCAGAGACUCCUGCUCGCCUUCAAGCAGUACAGGACAGUGGAGAAGCCUCCAAAAUACAAGGAGCGAUCGGAGAUAGAAGCUCUAUAUUUCGACAUCAACACGAUGCAAAAGAGUUUAGUGGGCGAGACCUGGGCGCCGCUGGAGGGCCAGCUGCCCCAAGACCUGGAGAGGGCUUGGCAGCAAUUGGAACAGGCCGAGCAUGCUCGCGAGAUAGCUCUACGCACUGAGCUGUUGAGACAGCAGCGAUUGGAGCAACUCAACUACAAAUUCAACACGAAGUCGGUGCUCCGCAAGGGUUACCUGAAGGAGAUGGUGCUGGUGCUCUCGGACCCCCGCUACGGCUCCAACCUGGCGCAGGUGGACGCCACCGUGAAGAAACACGAGGCAAUCUCCGCUGACAUCCUCGCCAGAACGGAACGCUUCGAGGACUUGUCCGCCAUGGCGGCGGAACUGGUCCGCGAGAACUAUCACGGCGCGGAAGCUGUCUCCCGCACGGAGAAAGCUGUGCUGCAGCGCUGGCAGGAGCUGCUGGAGCUGCUGGAGCGCCACCGGGCUUCUCUGUCCAGGCUGGCCUUGCUGAUGGCUCUGCUGAGGGAAGCUGACGCCAAUGAGCACACCCUGGCCGAGAUGAAGGCCCAAUUCCAAUCCGAGGAGGUGGGCCGCCACCUGUCGGACGUGGAGCGGCUGCUGCAGGCGCACGCGCUGCAGGAGCUGCAGCUGGGCGCCGCGGACGAGAGCAUCCGCCGGCUGGUGCGCCAGGGCGCCGCGGCGGACGGCGCCGCGCAGCACAAGCAGCAGCUCGCUCAGCAGCUGCAGCACCUGGAGGAGUCCUAUGACAGUCUUGUGGCAGCCGCGAAGGACCGCAAAGCGAGAUUGGAAGACGCUAGGAACCUCUACCAAUUCUUGGAAGACCAUGACGAGGAAGAAGGAUGGGUGACCGACAAACAGCGGAUCUGCCGGGCGGAAGUGGCGGCUAAAGAUCUCCGCGGCGUUCUCGCGCUCAGACAGAAACACACUGCGCUCGCGCACGAGCUGAGGGCCAGGGACCACGUGGCCCAGAGGCAUAGGGCCAAAGGGCAGAGUUUGAUAGACGCGAAGCAUCCGAAGAGUGCGGAAAUAGAGAGGAGAUUGUCUUCCCUGAACCAGCAGUGGGAGGUGCUCAGAGAGCUGGCGGCGGCCAGGGAGAAGCUGUUGGCAGACGCUGCUGAGGCUCAUCAGUUCUACGCGGACGCGAACGAGUCCGAGUCGUGGAUGAAGGAGAAGCGCGCGCUGGUGGCGACGCCGGACUGCGGCCGCGACGCGCCCGCCGCCGCCGCGCUGCUGGCGCGCCACCGGCCGCUGCACGGCGACGUGCGCGCGUACGGCGCCGAGCUGGCCGCGCUCGCUGCGCACGCGCACCGGCUGCUCGACGCCGGCAUACACACGUUGCAGUUACCAACAGAAGUGGAGUCCAACCCGGCGAUGGAGGAAGAGGAGUGGGUGAACGAGUCCCGGCUGGUGCCCACCGAGGUCUGGGAGGAGGAGCCGGUGGAGAGGCUGGAACACCGCACUGUCACAGAGGAGAGGAGCGUGCCGCAGGUGAAAGCUCUAUACGCGUUCAGCGGCCAGGGUAUCACCAUCAGCAAGGGUGAAGUGAUGUUCCUCAUCAACAAGACGAACCCGGACUGGUGGUCGGUCCGGAAAGCUGACCGGACGGACGGUUUCGUUCCGGCUAAUUACGUGAGAGAGAUCGAGCCUAGAGUUGUACCGGUGCAAGUACGCCGCCCGGAAAAAGUGCGCACCGUCCAGCGCGUGAAGAAGACGGUGCUUGUGAAGCAGGUGGUGCCCGUGCGCAGGGCGCGGCCCGCCACCCGCCGCGGCUCGCGCGCCGCGCCCGGCCCGCUCAGCGCCGGCGUGCGGGACACCAUGCGCGGCCUGCAGGACAGAUACGACGAGCUCCUAACACUGUCGGAGCAGCGUCGCGCCGCUCUAGAAGACGCUAUAAAACUCUACUCGUUCUUCGCGGAAUGCGAUGACUUUGACAAGUGGGUGCGCGAGAAAGAGAAGAUGCUGCGGACGGAAGACAGGGAGGACAGCGUCGACACGGCCAAGAGGAAGUACGAGAAAUUCGUAACGGACCUGUCAGCUGCUUCGAAACGGCUGGAGCACAUCGACUCGGCCGCCGAGGAGCUCGUAGCGGCCGACCACGGGCAAGCGGCCAAGGCGACGGCCAGGAAACAGCAGCUGCACCAGCAGUGGAACAAGCUGUUGAUGCUGAAGCAGCAGAAGGAGAAGAGUCUGGAGGGGGCUUCCAGCGUGGAACUCUUCAGCCGCACGUGCGACGAAGCACUGGACUGGAUGGCGGAGAAGGAGCAGCAGCUGGCGGCCAACGCCGAGCCUGCUGCUGACCUGCGCACCGUCCGCGCCCUGCAGCGGCGGCACGCGCAGCUCGAGAGGGAGCUGGAGCCGCUCAAGGAGAAAGUUAACACCGUCUCGUUGCUGGCUGACUCCGUAAAAUCUCAAUAUCCAAGCGAGCGGGCGAACGUCGAGGGUAGGCAGAAGGAGAUCCAUCAGAUGUGGCAGAGGUGUCAGGCCCAGGCGGCGGAGAGGAGGCAGCGGCUGGAGAGCGCCGUGGGACACCAGGUCUUCGGCAACGGCAGUCAGCAACUACGUGACUGGCUGCAGAGCGUCCAGAGUCAGCUAGGUCAAGAGGCGACUGCCAAGGAUGUAGCCACGGCGGAGUCUCUGCACAAGCAGCAUCAGGAACUGAGGGACGACAUGAAGGCCCAUGAUGACGAGUUCAAAGAAGUGAUAGCCCUCGGGAAGCAGUUGCUGGCCCACAAUCCUUCGUUGACAGACGUCGCUGAGAGGAUCAAGGUCUUGCAGGAGGAGAAGGCUGCCGUCGAGAAAGCAUGGCAAGAAAAAGAUGCUUACUUGAAGCAACUAGUGCAACUUCAGACCUUCAACCGUGAGGCGGAUCAAAUAGACGCGUCCAGCGGCGCGCACGAGGCUUAUCUGGAGUAUAAACAUUGUGGGUCCUCAGUGGACGAGGUGGAAGCCCUGCUGAAGAGGCACGAGGAGCUGGAGGCGCGGCUGGCGGCGCAGGACGAGCGGCUGGCCGGCUUCCGGCAGCGGGCCGCCGCGCUCGAGGGCAUUCCGCACUACGCCGCCAAACACAUCGCCGCUCGUCGCGCCGCCGUGCUGUCUCGCCGCGACGGCGUAAGGAAGGCGGCCGCUGACAGGAGACGAGACUUGCUGGCCAGCCUGGCUCAUCAUCAGUUCAUAGCGGCCACGGAAGAGUUAGAGGCGUGGAUCGAAGACAAGACGAGGACAGCGAAGGACCAGAGCUACAGGGAUUUGGCUAACUUGGAACGGAAGCUGCAGAAACACGAAGCAUUCGAAAGGGAACUGCAGGCCAAUGAGAAACAGCUGCGCAGUGUUGAGAGUAUCGGAGCCUCCCUCCAGCAAUCGGACCCGGGGCGCGCUAAUGAAGUGUCGGAGAGGCUGAGCGCGUUACACGGCGCUUGGGAGGCGCUGGUGGCGUCCUCUCGCGACAAGGGCAGCAAGCUAAGGCAGGCGGCGCUGCAGAGGAAGCACAGGAGGGGCAUUGAGGACGAGAAGGCUCGCUUGGCUGAGAUAGAGCGCGCGCUGAAGAGCGAGGAGGUCGGCGCCGACCUCCGCAGCUGUCGGCGCCUGCUGACUCAGCAUCAGGCAUUGGAACAAGAAUUAGCAGCAUGCACCCAAAGAGCAUCCUCGCUCCACAACCAAGGGGCAGAACUGGUGUCAAGCGGUCACUUCGACUCGGAAUGUAUUGAGAAGGAGUCGGCCGCUCUGCUGGAGGCCACGCAGGCUCUACUCCCUGCUAACAACCAGAGGAGAGCCAAGCUGGAGGCUAGCUUGAGAUUACACAAAUUCGCGGCGGAAGUCGCCGGCGAGCUGGACUGGCUGGCUGAGCGACGAGCGGCCGCCAAUUCUGACGCGGCACCCGCUGACCUCCACGCGGCCCAGUCCGCGGUCAAGAAGCACAGCAAGCUGAAGGCUGAGCUGUUGGGUAGAAGACCUCAUAUAGAGAAGGUGCUGCAGCAGGGAAGGGAGCUGGCUGAGGAGAAUCAGCCUAACAAGGAGAAGAUCCAAGCCCUCUGCUCGGAACUGGAGGAGUCGUACUCGGCGGUGUCGUCGGCGGCGGAGGCCCGCGGCGGCCGGCUGGAGGCUCUGCUGCGCGGCCAGCAAUUCCUGCACGACGCCCUGGAGGUGGACUCCUGGCUGGCGGACAAGGCGGCAGCGCUGGGCAGCGCCGAUGUCGGCCACGACAGGCACAGGGCCACUCAGCUGUUGACGAGGCAUAAGGCCGUAGAACUGGAACUGGACACAUACGCGGCCAUUGUCUCGGAAAUGGGUCACGUGGCGUCCAACAUGGCGUCCGGGGGGCACCCGGAGGGGGCGGCGCUGCUGGAGCGCCACGCGCUGCUGGCCGACAGCCUCGCGCGGCUGCGGCGGCUGGCCGCGGGCAGGCAGCACGCGCUGCUGGAGAGCGUGUGCAGACACGAGUAUCUGGCGGAGAGCGCUGAACUGGAGGGCUGGAUCAAAGAGCAGUACGCGGCCGCGUCCAGCGAGGAUUAUGGACAGGACUACGAGCAUUUGCUGAUCUUACGCUCCAAAUUCGAAGAGCUCCGGUCUCGCGUGGAAAGCGGAGCGGAGCGAUUCAAUCAGUGCGAGGAGUUGGCGAAGAAGUUACUGGCUUCCGACAGCCCUUACAUCGCUGAUAUUGAGAAGAGACAAGAGGCUUUGGGCGCCUCCUGGCAACGCCUUGUGGACCAGAUAUCAGGCCGAGCAUCCCGUCUCCACGCGGCCGGGGAAAUCCACCGAUUCCACCGUGACGUGGCCGAACUGCUGGCGCGAGCUGCUGACAAGAGGCAGCUGCUGGAUGCCGCUCCACCUAGAGACCUGGCUUCAGCUGCUGCGGCCUUGAGGCAUCACGACAACUUGGACAACGAGCUGUUGGCUAUAGACGCUCAAGUUCAGGUCCUCCAAGAAGAAGGCGCACGCCUCCAGAAAUUGUACCCAGGGGGCAACGUCCAGCAGAUAGAUCUCCAGCAGCGUGCGCUGGCAGACGCCUGGGCCGGGCUCCGCGCCGCCGCACAGCAAAGGAGGCAGCUGCUGCAGCAACACCUGGAGCUGCACCAGUUCCUCACACAGGUGCGAGACCUGAUGACCUGGUCUCAGUCUCUCCGAGCGUCGAUGUCUCACGCCGGGGUGGCUCGCGACGCGGCCGCGGCCCAAGCUGCGCGUGCGCAACAUUCCGCCAUACGAGCGGAAAUCGACGCCAGGGAUGAGAACUUCCGGAGUGCGUUGCAGAGGGGUGAUAGUCUGAGGGCCGCUGAUCAUCCUAAUAAAGAUGAGAUAAAAGAGAAAUGCGAAGCCCUAGUUGAGGAGCACGGUCGUCUCCAGCGCGCCUGGGCAGCCCGCCUGGUCUCCCUGGACCAGCUGAUUGACCUGCACUGCUUCCUGCGGGACGCUGCGCAGUUGCACGAGUUGUGCGCUGCGCAGGAGGCUGCUCUGAGUACAGAAAUAUCACCCAAACUUAGCGUCGAGGAAGUGGACAACCUGUUGAAGAAGCAGGAAGCGUUCGAGAAACUGCUCGCCACACAGGAUGAAAAGUUGACAACCCUGAACAGCCACGGAGACAAGCUUCUCCAACAGAACCACGUGGAGAGCCAGCACAUAGCCGACGAGCUGAAGCUGGUCAACGAGAGGCGGCAGAAGCUGUACGAGCUGGCGGGCCGGCGGCGCGCGCUGCUGUUGCGCACGCGCGCGCGCGCACAGUUCGCGCGCGACGCGGCCGAGGCGCGCGCGUGGGCCGCCGACAAGCUGGCCAAGCUGCAGGCCGAUCAGCUACACGCUAACGAAGUAACAGACCUGGACGACAAGAUGAAGAAACUGCAGAAACAUCAAGCGUUCACAGCGGAGUUGGCCGCCAACCGCGCCCGCUUGGCAGAAGUGGCAGAAUUGGCGGAACAGUUGGGACCCGACGCAGAAGUGCAGAAGGAACUGGCCGCGUUGCAGGAGGAGUGGCAGAGGCUGGAGCAGGCCACCGAGCAGAGAGGUCGCGGCCUUGAAGAGGCACAAGACAUCCUGGAGUUCAACCAGCACCUGGACAAGAUCGAAGCCUGGAUCCGUGACAAGGAGAUGAUGGUGCAAGCGCACGAGUUGGGCCGCGACUACGAGCACUGCAGCGCACUCGUGCGCAAGUUGGACGACCUGGACAGCGACAUGAAGGUGGACGACAAACACGUGAAGAGCAUAUGCGCACUGGCGGACAAGCUUUUGCAGCAGGGUCCAACUCAACAAGCCGCCGCUGUGGAGUCCCGCCGCGCCCAGUUCGUGAAGAAAUGGUCGGCCCUCAGCGGAGCCCUACAGCAGUACCGCGACAAACUAAACGCCGCCUUGACGCUGCACUCUUUCAAUAGAGACGUGGAAGAGACCGCCGAGCGUAUAUCCCAGAAGGCGGCUCUGUUCAGCAGCACGGAGCGCGGACGCGAGCUGCGCGCUGCGCAGGAGUUGCAGCGGAAGCACGCCGCCCGCGUGGCCGAGGCGCAGGCGGUCGCCGACAAGAUCGCUGCUCUGGAGGACGAUGGCAAGCAGUUGGCUACGAGCCACCCAGAGAGUGCAGAGGAGAUAGAUAAGUCUCUCUCCAGCCUACGCGACGGCUGGCGACGGCUGCAGCAGCUGGCUGAGAAGAGAUCCGAAUUGUUACAGCAGGCUGUCGCUGAUCACAAGUUCGACGAUAGUUUGAAGGAACUCGAACUAUGGGUAUCGGAGGCCAUAAAACGCAUGUCCCGUUCCGAACCGGCGGAGAGCGUGGCCCACGCCGAAACUCUUUUAGCGGCACACGACGACACUAGGGCAGAGUGUGACGGGAGAUUGAAGAUGGCUGACGCUUUGAGGAAGGAUACCAAGGAUCCGGAGAAGCUGAAGAGGCUGGACGACCUGAAGGGCAACUUGGAGAACGCUUGGCAGGAGAGGAAGAAGUAUUUGACUCAGGCCCACCAGCUCCAACUCCUGAAGGAGCAGGUGAGACAGACGGAGGACUGGCUGGCGGCCAAGGAGGCCUUCCUCAACAACGACGACCUCGGAGAGGAUCUUGAUGCCGUGGAAACCCUGAUCCGAAAACACAACGAGUUCUCCAAACUGCUGGACAGCCAACUCGGCCGAGUGGACGAGCUGGCCAGCUUCGCCGCUCGCAUGCUGGAGGACGAGCAUUGUGACAAGGAGUACAUCACGAGGAAGACCAAGGAAGUGCUGGCGAGAAGGGACAAGUUACAGGAGCUGUGCGUGGGCCGCGGCGUCCGCCUGGAGCAGUCCCGGCAGCUCCACCAGUUCCUGAGGAAUCUGAACCACGAGCGGGAGUGGAUCGCGCUCAAGACGCAGCUGGCUAAUGACCAGGGAUACAGGGAGCUUUCCAACCUACAAAGUAAGAUACAGAAGCACGCAGCUUUUGAAUCGGAACUGGCCGCGAGCAAAGGAAGAAUUGACGAUGUCGUGGUACAAGGGGAAGCUUUAAUCGAAGCUGAACACUACGCGUCUCGGGAGAUCACGGAACACGUUGAAGACCUGGAGAACCUGUGGAGGGAGCUGCAGGCUGCCGCUAAACUCCGCCGGGAGCGUCUCCAGGAAGCCUACCAGGCCAGGGUCUACCUUAGAGGCCUGGACGACUUCACCGCCUGGUUGGACGACGUGGAGUCCCAGCUGCUCAGCGAGGACCAUGGCAAAGACCUAGCGUCAGUCACCGCCCUGCUGAAACGCCACACGCGUUUAGAACAGCAGGUGUCGAGCAAAGCGGACACCGCCACUCAGCUGGCGGAGAACGCCAAACAGCUGGCGGAUUCUGGACACUUCAUGGCUGAGGAGUUGGUGGCCAGGGCCGAGGUGGUCAAACGAUACCGUCAGCUUCAAGAGCCGAUGCAAAUCAGACGAGACAACUUGGAGGAUGCCGCGUUGCUGCACAGAUGGGAGAGAGACGCCGACGAGGAGAUUAGAUGGUUGUCAGAACGCGAGGCGGCCGUGUCUUCGGAGGAGUGCGGUUCGACUCUGGCAGACGCUCAGACGAUGCUCAAGAAACAUUUGGCUUUAGAGGCUGAGAUCAUUGCUAGGGAACCAGCGAUAAACGCGCUGAACGGCCGCGCUUUAGCGCUUUGCCGUCGCGGACACUUCGCUUCUUCAGCGCUCGAGCAACGCUCGCGAGCGCUCAAUACAGCGCUUAAAGCGCUCCUCGACGCCGCAGCCGCUAGGAGCGCCAGGAUCAAGGAGAGAUGUGAAUUACUGCAGCUCACGUCAGAAAUAUCCGAAGCCGAAGCGUGGCUGGCUGAGCGUCGACCGGCCAUCGUCAGCUCGGACGUGGGUCGGGAUGAGGACUCGGUGCUGGCGCUGAUGCGGAGGCUGGAGGCCUCCCAGAGGGAGCUGGCAGCCUUCGACGCCGUCUGCAGCAAGCUGGAGACCACGGCCAACACUGUCAUGGAGCGACCGACCAUAGACAAGGAGCAGGUCCAGCAACGUUUACAACAGCUUCAGCAAGCAUAUGAAGACAUGAAGCUACUGUUAGCGAAGAGACAGCUCAGAUUGCAACACAGCUUGAAGUAUUUCAAAUUCGUCCAAGAGUGCGAGGAGGUCCAGGAGUGGAUCAGCGAGCAGAUGACGGUGGCCGCCAGCGAGGAGUACGGGCUGGACGUGGAACACGUGGAGACAUUGCAGCAGGCGUUUGACAACUUCCUGGUUCAGCUCAACGCGAACGAGGGCCGCAUAGAGUGCGUAUGCGAGAACGGCAACGCGCUGAUAGAGCAGAACGCGCCCGAGGCGAGCCGCGUGCGGCAGCGAGUGGACGACAUCCGCGGCCUUUGGGACGACCUCCGGGAACUGGCUCUGGCCAGGCAGGAGGCUCUAGCCGGUGCGAGACAAGUGCACGAGUUCGACCGCUCAGCGGACGAGACCUCCGCCUGGAUCGCUGAGAAGCAGUCCGCCCUGGGCGCCGACGGGGCGGCCGCCCGCUCGCUGCAUGCUCUACAUGCCCAGCGGAGGAGGCUGCAUGCCCUACAGGCGGAUCUGGACGCGAUACGCGCCAAACACCAGGAGUUGCAGAACGAGGCUGAUAGAUUGAGUUCCGCGUUCCCCGACGCGGCUGAGCACGUGUCCGCGAAGCUGGAGGAGGUGUCCGCGGCGCUGGCGGAGCUGGAGGCGGCGGCCGGCCGCAGCUCGCAGCAGCUGUCGCUGGCCGGCCAGCUGCAGGCUUACUUCCCCCACCACAACGAGCUGCUAGCAUGGACCAACGAGACCCUGGCCCGGGUGACCGCCCCGGAGCUGGCGCGCGACGUGGCGGCCGCGGAGCGCCUGCUGGCGAGACACAGAGACAUCAAAACGGAGAUCGACUCCAAGGAUGAUGCCUUCAAGACUUUGUAUGCUGAUGGCGAGAAACUGAUCCGCGAUGGCCACUUCAUGUCCGCGGAGAUAAGCGAGCGCAUGUCGACGCUGCGCGCGCGCAGGGCCGCGCUCGACGCCGCGUGGAGCGCUCGCUCGCUCAUCUACGAGCAGCACCUGGACGCGCUCGUGUUCCAGAGGGACGCCGACGCGCUGGACCACUGGAUCACCAACAGGGUGCCAUUGGUCCGCGACGGCAAAUACGGCGAGAACGUCGCCCAGGUGGAGGAGCUGAUAAACAGACAUCGCGAUUUGGAAGAAACCAUAGAGUCGCAGAAGGACAAGUUCAACGCGCUGAAGAGGAUCACAUUGGUGGAGCAAGCGUUCAAACAGCAGCAGAACGAGGAGGAGGCCGCGCGGCGGGCGAGCGCCGAGAGGCUGGAGGCGGAGCGGCUGCAGCAGGCGCGGCGGCGGGAGGUGCAGCGCAUCGAGGAGCUGCGGCGGCGGGAGCACAAGCAGACGGAACCAAUCCAGCAGGCGGCCAUUCCGGCGUCCUCUGAGGAGACGAUCUCUCCGGCGCCGCAGUUCGAGAGGUUGCCCAAGAGCGAUGCGCCUGCGCACGUCAAACGGGCUGAAAGUAUGAGCGUGGUGAAGACGCCCAAACGAACACCAUCGUUCACCACCCGCCGCCGCACGCAGAGCUUCCGCCGGCACCGCACCGAGCUCGCCGUCGAGAUUGAAGGCUACUUGGAGAGAAAGCAGGAGACAGGAGUGGGGGGCAAACGCGCCACGGUGCGGUCGUGGCGGGCGUACUACUCCGUGCUGUGCGGUCAGCUUCUGUGCUUCUUCAGGGACGAGGUGGACUUCGCGAACGCCAAAGCCGCCGCCCCACCCGUCGCCAUACUGAACGCCCGCUGCGAACCGGCCGGCGAUUACACUAAACGCGCUAACGUCUUCCGCCUCGCAUGCGCCGACGGUGCCGAAUACCUGUUCUCCACUCACACCAAGGAGCUGAUGAGGGAGUGGGUCGCCAAGCUGGGCUUCCACGCGAAGCUGCCGCCGGAGCUGCAGCUGACGCCGUACUCAGCGGAAUCGCCCACCGCCGAGCUGAAGAGGAGGUUACACGAGAACGCGUCGUCGUCGUCGUCCGAGCCGUCGUCGCCGGAGCCGCGGCGCAAGCCUCGCUCCCAGGCGGACAUACUGCAGGAGCAUCGCGCCGCUCAGCGCGACAGGAAUAUUGAAUCGUCGGUGUUGCCCUCCCUCCCCCCGCGGCAGCCCCCGCAGCCCCCACAGGAAGACGCCGCCGAUGUAGUAUUAAGAAAUUCCGAAGGCAACAGCGCGUGGGGUCGCUCAAGGUUCUCAAACGGGAGAGAUGUCAAUUCAGAGUUCAUUCGGUCGCAGAGAGAUGCCGCUGACGGCGCCCCCCCACUGCCGCUGUCCGGGCCGCCGGACCGGCCCCCGGUCCCGGAGCGGGCCAGACCGGACCCACCCGACCGGAGAACCGAAUGGCAACAGCCGGAGAAGCAGUCGGUCACUGCCUUAGUCAACAGCUACCAACAGAGGAUGAGCGGCAGAGACGGCAACAAGAACUGGACAUACGAAGGUCACAACGUGGAGACCACAUCUCAUUUCUACACAGCGAGCGAACUGGCUUACGGCGGCAACGCUCAACGGCCCGCGUCUGUGGCGGGCAGCGGCGGCUCACCAGCUUUGGACCAGCGGCCCGCGUCUCGAUCGUCCGGAGAAUCGGAGCUAUCGGUGAGCGGGGUCUCCAAAGACAAGAAAGACAAGAAGGGCGUUUUCGGAGGCCUGUUUAGCCGGAAGAAGAGGCCACAGAGCCACAUGUAACUUUAAAUAUCAGUGAUUAUUAACUACGGCCAUUUUGAUGGUUUCUUUUUUGCAUCUAUCAGAAUAAAAAAGCAUAUAGUGUAUGCAUUGUUCUUAAUGAUACCUGAUUAUUAUUCUUAAUGAUACCUUAUUAUAUAGUGUAUGCAUUAUUCUUAAUGAUACCUGACACUUUUUAAUAAUAUUUUUUUUUAAUUGCCAUUAUAAUGGCUUGCAAUUGCAAAAGGUUUCUGAAUUAAAACUAAUCGAGCAUUUAGCUAAUGUAUGUCAAAUGUAAACAAAAACGUAAAAUGCUUCGUUCAAAUGGCAUUAACAAUAUGACAGUUCAAUCUAUAAUGGCGGGAAGUCAUUGAAAGAGAAUCCGUUUUGGAUGGUCGUAGUUUUUCAAUGAAAUAAAUUUUAAAGCUCAUAAUAUCAUGUUAUACAAAUUGUUUUUUGGUCACGUUGUAGAGAUGACUCUUGUUGUAUUUUUAGGAUAUUAUACUUCGUGUAUUGAUCAUACUUCGUUAUAAUAUAAAUUGAAGAAAAUAAAUCGUGUGCCUUAAAAUUGUCUUCCCGUAAAUGAGCCUUCUUCUUGUCAAGUCCAAAUGGCUACGAAUAUUGGGGUUACAUGAUUUAGACUAGUAUUUGGCCUUAUGAAUAGAUAAUAAUAAUGCAAUUAUGAAUAUUUGUCAUCAUACAGUCUAUAUAUACCAUAUUGAAUUCGGAAUAAUUUCUAAAUAAGUUUCAUACUUUUUCAUCUGCACAUCAUAUUGAAUUUGGAAAAAAAUUUAAAUCGGUUUUAUACUUUUUAAAAAACUUCAUUUUUAUCAGGUUGGGUGCUUCUAAGAUGACGUUUUAAUCGAUAACUUAAUAUCCCUUAUAAUACAAAUGUUGUUUGACCAACUCUCGUUAUUUGUAUAUAACUAUUCCAUUUUAUGCCGUUUUUAUUGGCCUUUAGUUGUGUAUCGUGCCUUUUGAUCGUGUUAUAUUUUAUCUUUACGCCGCUAUUCGGUGUUAUGGUACAUUGAUGUAUUGAUUUUGUAGAUUUCUUGGUAUUUAUCGGCUAAAUUUAAUAAACUAGAGUUGAAACGAUUGUUUAAAAUUGGUAAAGCGGAAUUGGAGAAUACACGCGAGACGCGUUUUUCUAUUACGUUAAAUAAUUAACACGCAAAAGACCUUUUUUUAAAGCUUUCAUUUAGUUUGACUUGUUCCCUUACGCAUUAUAGCUUGCGUAAUAUAUAAUUUAAAAGAAUUUGGUCGGUAAAUAUGUAGAAAUCGAUAGAGUAAAAGUGGUACAUUCCUGAAUUGUGACAGUCACAAAUUGGUGUAACGUGUGGACCAAACAUGCAUUUUUUGCAAAAGAAAGACUUAUCGAUGAUUCCAUUUUGAAAUUAUAUAAAAAUAUUUGAAAUGUAUACGUUGUUUGUUUAUACGGUGAGCAAUAUACAUGUUUCUGAAUCUAUUUAUGUAUUUCAACUAUAAAUUUUUUUAAACACAUAACUCUGCAUAAAACAAUCCUAAAAAAAUAUUUGAACAUAUAAAUAAAUAAAAGUAUUUAAAAUAAGCAAUAAUUGUAAUCAUAUCGACAAUAAUCUUUUUAUGUAUUGUUAUAGUUUAAGCGUAAUC